AUGGAUUACUCUGCUGGAUAUGAUGUAAGUUAUGUUUUGUUACCAAAAUUUAUUUUCUUGAUAUAUUUGAAUUUAAAAUGGAUGAAAUCUAAUAAUAAUAUGACUAUCGUUAAACCACAAAAUCUUUUAGGAAUCCUACGGCGGCUCCGCUCCACCCCAGGACUACUCCAACUACGGUUACGGAGCUCCGGUGAUGCCACCACGAGGUGGAAUGCCACCCACUCGUGGAGGACCAGCACCACGCGGUGCCGGCCGUGGUGCACGUGGUGGACCACCAAGAGGAGGCGGACAUCCAGGACAACGCCCUCCAGCCGGCUACGGCGGCGCUUCGGCCUAUGAUCAAGGCUACAACCAAGGUUAUCAACAACAGCAACAACAACCCUACGAGCAAAGCCCACUGGAUGCGGAAGUGGAGAUUGUGACGAGGGAAAUGCAUCAAGAGAUUGGACUGCUGGAUCAAGGAGGAGAGUAUGGAGAACAGUUUAAGAACGCUAGAAGAUUGUUGGUCACUGGUAAGGGUUAUGGUCGAUUUUUGAGGUUUUAGAAAAAGUUUUUUGAACAUCUCUAUAAACUAGAGUCACCGAUAAUGAAAUAAAACCCCAACUUUUACUAUUUUUCAUAUAUAAACCAUGUUCUUUGCAGAAGUGGAACGUCUCGAGAACAACAUUGAUCCAGAAUGGUUGGAAGUUGACGUCGAAAAGCCGAUCCGCCUAAUCAGAAAGGUCCUCAUCCCUACUUUCCGCCACCCACGUUUCAACUAUGUCGGCAAGGUUUUGGGCCCCAAAGGUACCACUUUGCAAAACAUUGCCAAACAGUACAAGUGCCACGUCUACGUACUGGGAAGAGGCUCUACUCGUGACAGAAAGCAGGAAGAAGAACUCUUGAAUUCUGGAGAUCCGGCCUACGCUCACUAUGCUGGACCAUUGCAUGUUAAGAUUGAGACCAAUGCACCACCAGCCUUGGCCUAUCAACGUGUCGCCAACGUUCUGGAUGUUCUUAGGCAGCUGUUGCAGCCGGUAAGAUAUUUAAUAUUUUUUGAGUUUUUAUAAUUUUAGGUUUUUUUGAAAAGAAUGGCCGAUAUAUUUAUGGUUCUGAAGUUUUUUAUAAAUUAUAUUAUAGUAGGUGUUCGUAUGGGUCAAAAAUAGUGGAUUUGGUCUACUUUUGAUAAUGGUUUUGAUUAAAAAAUCUAAAAAGAGUAUGUAUGACAUUGUACCUAACAAGGGAAGUGUCUCACCUCAUUCCGGAGAUAUGAAACGGGACUAGGCUCAUUUGAAAGCCUACUUGAAUACAAAUUUAACAAAAAAAAUUUAGCUGCCGAAUAAGCCCCUAAGGCAAGUUAUGACGGUUUAAAAAUUUGCAGUGCUUUUCUUGGUUUGGGUUUGAAAACGAUUGGGAGCGAGAAAGAAAACAAGGGGAACCAAUGAUUCGGUAGUUCAGUGUUUAGGUGUUGGGUUUAGGGGUGAAAGGAGAAGGGUUCGAUCCCUGCCAAUUCGUUUUGCUUUUAACAGCUUCCAAAAAAAAUUUUUUUUGUUUUUUUGUAUUAUAUAGCAUUAAAUAGAGUAGUUUUAAUCAGUUAAAUACAAAAAUUAAGCAAGGUUGCUCAACUUUUUUCCAGAACAUGAAAAAUUUCCAAAAAAUUUUAAAGUUUAAUAAUUUGUCAAAUUGCUUAAUUUUUGUAUUCAAAUGAUUAAAACUAGUCUAUUGACUGUUGUAUAGUAUAAAAAACAAAAAAAAAAUUUUUUUAGAAGCUGUUGAAGCAAAACGAAUUGGCAGGGAUCGAACCCUUCUCCUUUCACCCCUAUACCCAACACCUAACCACUGAACUACCGAAUCAUUGGUUCCCCUUGUUUUCUUUCUCGCUCCCAAUCGUUUUCAAACUCAAACAAAGGAACGCACUGCAAAUUUUUAAACCGUCAUAACUUGCCUUAGGGGCUUAUUCGGCAGCUGAAUUUUUUUUUGUUAAAUUUGUAUUCAAGUAGGCUUUCAAAUGAGCUUAGUCCCGUUUCAUAUCUCCGGAAUGAGGUGAGACACUUCCCUUGUAAAAUAAGGAUUUUUUAAAACGCUAUAGAUUAGUUUGAUGAACUAUAAUGUAGUCAUAAAUGAUCUUAAACUACUAAAUUUCCAUUUUCAGGUCAAGGACACGCACAUCCCAGGCAUCACCACCAUGGGAGAAGGCGGCGACGACAAGAACGAUGAAAAGAACGGCAGUGGCGAAGAGGACGAUGAGGACAAGAUAAAAGGACUAAAACCUCAGCCGAAGACUGGAGGUAACGGUGCACCAAGAGGUGGUGGCGGGUUCCGCGGAGCACCACGAGGCAAUGGCAUGGGACGAGGUGGACCACCAGGCAGAGGUCGCGGAGGACCAGGCGGACCAAUGAGACGAGGCACUGGCGCUCCAAGAGGCGGCGGCUUCAACCCCUAUUAA